UAAAAUGCAACAAAAGCAAUAAAACAGCAUACAAUCUACAAACGAGAGAGAGAGAGAGAGAGAGAGAGAGAGAGAGAGAGCAUGGAAGACACUGCAGCCACCCAAACACCCAAGAACGACUGCCCUCCAGAGACGACCAAACGAAUCAGAUGGAAGCUGCUCUUGCUAAACUGCACCAUCAUGGCCAUUGGCAUUAUUGGUGGGCCCCUUGUAACAAGGCUCUACUUCCUCCACGGAGGGACUAGGAAAUGGAUCCCGAGCUGGCUACAAACCGUCGGAUUCCCCAUCCAACUCAUCCCCUUAUCAAUCUUCUACGUCCAAAACCGAACCCAAGAAAGGCCCACCAAGUUCUUCGCCGCACCCAGGCUCUUGAUAGCUAGCGCAGGUCUAGGGCUACUCAGCGGUCUAGAUAACUACAUGUAUUCACUCGGUCUAUCAUACAUACCUGUCUCCACAUCAUCACUUCUCUUCGCUACACAGCUCGCAUUCACUGCCUUUUUUGCACUAAUCAUUGUUAGGCAGAAGUUCACUCCUUACUCGAUCAACUCCGUUGUUCUGAUGACCCUUGGAUCGAUUAUUCUCGGGGUCCACAAGAGCGGCGAUCGCCUGCCAGGUGUCUCCAAUGCAGAGUACUUCCUGGGGUUCUUUGUAACGUUGGGGGGAGCAGCCCUCUUGGGUUUUAUAAUGCCUUGUAUGGAGCUUGCUUACACUAAGAGCAGCAAGGCCCUCACCUACGCCGGGCUGAUGCAAUUUCAGAUUGGCGUUGGUCUCUUUGCUACUGUCUUUUGUACCAUAGGAAUGCUAGUGAAUAAUGAUUUCAAGGCUAUACCAAGAGAGGCAAGAGAGUAUGGGCUAGGAGAGACCAAGUACUACGUCGUUCUUGUGUCGUGUGCGGUCCUCUUUCAGAUGGUCUUCGUGGGGAUGUUAGGUGUGAUUUUCUGCUUCUCUUCGCUCUUCACCAGCGUCUUCUCCUCGAUGCUUCUGCCGCUGACGGAGGUCGCUGGUGUCAUCGCCUUCCACGAGAGGUUUACAGCAGAGAAAGGAACGGCACUGGCAUUGUGCUUGUGGGGUUUUGUAUCCUACUUCUAUGGAGCCUACAAGAUUCACCAUAACCACAAGCCCAAGCUUCCUGAAUCUGAUGCAGCCUUGGUGUGACACUCUUAGACUGGAAACCUCUGCAACACCUGU